UUGCCGAUUAAUUAUAAACUUCGCGUCAUAAAAUAAAAAACGACGAUCGUGUUUAAUAAACAGUAUAAACAAGCGCAAAAACAAAUAAUUUGCUAAUUAAGUGCAAAAAUUUAAAAAAAAUAAAUAAAUUAAAAAAUGGCUUUAAAAAUAAUAGGCUGGGUGUUAAUCGCGAUACUUUUCUUCGCGUUAAUAGCGAUAAUUGCAGCAGUGUGUUUUAUAAUCCCUUACUUUGAAGAUAAAAAUGACGAUGAGCGGCUGUUUGAUCUUAGCGAAAUCCAAGCUAAGUCAAAUAAAGAAGAUGAGUCUGAACUCAAGAAAAAAAAAUUCAUUGAUAAUUCUACUCGGCCAGUUACACGGUUGCCUCCUAUUAUUCUUCCUCACUUUCCGAUAGAAAACAAAACUUCCACUGAAUCAACAACGACCACCAAAAAAACUACACCAGCCAUGGAUUAUAAUAUAAAAAAUAUGAGCCAAUCGUCGACUUUGCCGCGAAAAUGGCAUCAUAUUAAUCAAACCGAGCCUUUGUAUCCUCAAAUUAUUGAAACAGGAAAGUACCCAGUAAAACAAGCUGAUACACUAGAUUUUGGGUUUGAAGAAAAAAAUACGCGUAGAGCCUUGACACCGACCAGUACUUCUACGAUAAGUAAAGCUGUGGACCAAUUUGACCCGUUAGGACUGGCGGAACCAACUAAAAUUUGGUUGGUUCCUGAAGAGCAAAAAUUGAUGAAGAAACGAGAGUCUGAUGAUUAAGUUUCAUUUAUUUAAAAAGUGAGAAGCCAGAGAACCUUUGUUCGUGUCACUGGAAAUUACACGUGAGGCUUUUCAAUGCAGUCAACAACACAAUAUUGUAUCCAGUAAAUAAAUUAAAAAAUACAAGAAGAAAAAACAAAUGUGCAGUUAAAGACUCUUCCUCGGUAUAUAGUUCGUUUAUUUUGACAUUGGCCGUAUGAUUUAUUUACGUUUGUUCUUGUGGUUCAUGAAUAAAACAUAUUUAAUGUUCAAUAUAUUUUUUAUUAUGAAGCUUCGUGCGUUACGGAUAAAUGU